GUCAUCUGAUGAAGUUGUUUCUUGGUUAGUGACUAUUUAUAUCUUUAUUUGGUCGAAAUUGUGAUAGCUACCUAUGCAGGAAAAAAAUGGUGGGAAAAAAAAGUUGUCUUUUGCUAUCGUGGUUAGCUAAUAGAAAUACAUAUUGUGUCUUCCCUGUAAAACAUUUAAAAAAUCAGAAAUGAUGGCUGGAUUCACAAGAUGUGUAUCUUUCAUUUGGUGUCUUGGACUUGUGAUUUCAUGAACAUUUUAUUAUAUGAUAUCCCUGUCGCUUUAGGCUAGGCUAUGCUAGUCAGCUUUUUUGAUGGGGGGAUCCCGGAUCCGGGUUUGUGACUCGUUAGAGGUUUUAAAGAACUUUCUAUUGAAACUUCCAUUGAGCAUGCUUUUUAGUCCAGCACUAGACUCAAUCUGUGUCCAGGAAACAGGCCCCAUAUGUAUUACUGACAUGCUUGUCCUUGUUCAGGACUCCACACACUGGCUUCAGAUUGAACCCUUGACUUCCACUGUCCAGGGAGUGACAAUGUUCAGACACAGGACACCCAAAGGGAGUUAUGAGUGCACAGUGUCUGGGCUCCGCUGGCUGUGUGAGAGAGAUGUCAUUCUGAAGUAUCACUUCAGGAACUGGGAUCCCUACAGUCAACUUCUGAAAGACAUGCAGUACACACAAGGUGGUCCAUUGCUGGACAUCACUAUGGAGUUAGGUGAACUGGAGGAAGUUCAUCUGCCACACUUUGUCUGUUUAGGGACCAACCCUUCCCUGAGGAAUGAGAUGAAGAUUCUUCAUGUAGAGGAACAUGGAGUGUCUUUAGAGGAAGUGCAUGAGGUCACCAGAUUCCAUGCUAAGAUUCUCCAUCCCAAGUUCUCACUUAUCUCUGUUAUACUGAGCUAUAUCUUUUCAUGGAACGUAGAUGUCCACUGUGAGCUGAUGCUCUAUCUGACAGUGAAAAGGGAAACAUUAAUUUCUCGCCUAUACCUGUUCCCCUGGAACCCCGGCCAAAUACAGGCUGUGGAACAACAGGAAAAGUCUCAAGGGUCUUCAAGGAUUCUCAUCUCAAGACCAGAGCAGUCCUUCAAACUGAAUAGUUCCAUCAGACUGAACAUUCCCUGUUCUACCUCCAUCAAUCCACAGAAGAUUCAUCUCAUACAAAGAGACACCACACCAAGCUUUUUCAGGGCGGUUAUGAAAAUGACAGGGAUUGACAUUGAGAUGGAGUUAUUCAGUGAUGAUGAGAGGACAGUAUGGAAAGAAAAAGUAUCACAAGAUGAAUACAUCACCGACACCCGUUCAACAAGUGCUGUGUUGGGGGCAGGAGGUCCGGCUGAGAGCAGUCUGACUGGUUCUCCAGAGCACCAGCUGCGUUCUGUACGGACAAAGUUUGUGAACCAAGUGUCAAAAGCUGUCCUGAAUGGACUGCUGGACGGACUCCUGCAACACACAGUCAUCAACCAGGAGGAAAUGGAGUCAGUGAAGGUGAUCGCUGAGAGGGCAGAGAAGGCACGUGACAUCAUCGACAUGGUGUUGAGAAAAGGAACGGAGUCGUGUUCCAGGAUGAUCAACCUUCUUGGGGAGCUGGACCACUGUCUUUGUUCACAGCUUCAGAUCAACAGUGUUGGGGUACCAACCUAAUUGUAGAAUGGAUAGUAACAGUGUUGGGGUACCAACCUAAUGGUAGAAUGGAUAGUAACAGUGUUGGGGUACCAACCUAAUGGUAUAAUGGAUAGUAACAGUGUUGGGGUACCAACCUAAUGGUAGAAUGGAUAGUAACAGUGUUGGGGUACCAACCUAAUGGUAGAAUGGAUAGUAACAGUGUUGGGGUACCAACCUAAUGGUAGAAUGGAUAGUAACAGUGUUGGGGUACCAACCUAAUGGUAGAAUGGAUAGUAACAGUGUUGGGGUACCAUCCUAAUGGUAGAAUGGAUAGUAACAGUGUUGGGGUACCAACCUAAUGGUAGAAUGGAUAGUAACAGUGUUGGGGUACCAACCUAAUGGUAGAAUGGAUAGUAACAGUGUUGGGGUACCAACCUAAUGGUAGAAUGGAUAGUAACAGUGUUGGGGUACCAACCUAAUGGUAGAAUGGAUAGUAACAGUGUUGGGGUACCAACCUAAUGGAUAGUAACAGUGUUGGGGUACCAACCUAAUGGUAGAAUGGAUAGUAACAGUGUUGGGGUAUCAACCUAAUGGUAGAAUGGAUAGUGACAGUGUUGGGGUAUCAACCUAAUGGUAGAAUGGAUAGUAACAGUGUUGGGGUACCAACCUAAUGGUAGAAUGGAUAGUAACAGUGUUGGGGUACCAACCUAAUGGUAGAAUGGAUAGUAACAGUGUUGGGGUACCAUCCUAAUGGUAGAAUGGAUAGUAACAGUGUUGGGGUACCAACCUAAUGGUAGAAUGGAUAGUAACAGUGUUGGGGUACCAACCUAAUGGAUAGUAACAGUGUUGGGGUACCAACCUAAUGGUAGAAUGGAUAGUAACAGUGUUGGGGUACCAACCUAAUGGAUAGUAACAGUGUUGGGGUACCAACCUAAUGGAUAGUAACAGUGUUGGGGUACCAACCUAAUGGUAGAAUGGAUAGUAACAGUGUUGGGGUACCAUCCUAAUGGUAGAAUGGAUAGUAAUACUCCUAUUCAAACAUACCUGAUCCUAGAUCGACACUCCUCCUCAACGUUUAGGUUUACACUGAAUGCUCUCUCUCAAGACAUCAGUCGGGAAGUUAAAGCUUGGUCACAAAUGGGUCUUCCAAAUGGACAAUGACCCCAAGCAUACUUCCAAAGUUGUGGCAAAAUGGCUUAAGGACAACAAAGUCAAGGUAUUGGAGUGACCAUCACAAAGCCCUGACCUAGAAAAUUUGUGGGCAGAACUCGCGUGUGUGAGCAAGGAGGCCUAAAAACCUGACUCAGUUACACCAGCUCUGUCAGGAGGAAUUGGCCAAAAUUCCCCCAACUUAAUGUGGGAAGCUUGUGGAAGGCUCCCUGCAACGUUUGACCCAAGUUAAACAUAAUUUAAUGCUACCAAAUACUAAUUGAGUGUAUGUAAACUUCUGACCCAAUGGGAAUGUGAUGAAAGAAAAAAAAGCUGAAAGAAAUAAUUCUCUCUACUAUUAUUCUGACAUUUCACAUUCUUAA